AGGGUUACAGUCAACAUAUUACAUUUAACAUAUUAACAGAAAAAACAAACAUGGAAGCUCUGUUGUGCACGAGAUUGGGUGAUCCAACAUCAUCAAUAUCAGCCCCAACCGGCAAAAACUCCGAAUCGUCUUCGUCGCCCAUUGAGAUUAGCAGAAACCAUCCCAUCCCAGAAUUGGACUCCCCAACAGCAGUGAGAGUCAAAGUUAAAGCCACCAGCUUGAACUUCGCCAAUUACCUUGAGAUAUUGGGCAAAUACCAGGAGAAGCCUCUCCUCCCUUUCAUCCCAGGCUCCGAUUAUGCUGGCACUGUCGAUGCCGUGGGCCCUGCUGUCACCAAGUUCAAGGUGGGGGACCACGUCUGCUCCUUUGCUGACUUGGGUUCAUAUGCCACCUUCAUCGUCCAAGAUCAAUCCCUACUGUUUGGAGUGCCGAAAGGGUGUGAUCUGGUGGCAGCUGCUGCACUCCCUGUUGCCUUUGGGACCUCACAUGUAGCCCUUGUUCACAGGGCUAACUUGAACUCUUCUCAGGUAUUGCUGGUUCUUGGUGCCGCUGGAGGCGUUGGUGUUGCUGCUGUUCAAAUUGGCAAGGUUUGCGGGGCAGUAGUCAUUGCUGUCGCGAGGGGAGCUGAAAAGGUGCAGUUUUUAAAGUCCUUGGGUGUUGAUUACGUGGUAGACUCGACUAAUCAAAAUGUAACUGCAAGCGUCAAGGAGUUCCUCAAGUCAAGGAACCUCAAAGGGGUUGAUGUUCUCUAUGAUCCUGUGGGUGGCAAGCUUACCAAAGAAACUAUGAAGCUCUUGAAUUGGGGUGCUCAAAUUCUUGUCAUUGGAUUUGCCAGUGGUGAAAUCCCUGUCAUCCCAGCUAAUAUCGCUCUUGUUAAGAACUGGACUGUGCAUGGGCUUUACUGGGGUAGCUACAGAACACAUCGACCAGCUGUGCUUGAGGAUUCCAUCUGCGAGCUACUCUCCUGGAUGGAAAAGGGCUUGAUUACCAUUCACAUUUCUCAUACUUACAGCCUAUCAGAGGCCAACCUUGCAUUCUCUGCAAUUAAAGACAGAAAAGCAAUUGGGAAAGUUUUGAUCUUAUUAGAUGAUCUGGGAGGUGUAAGAUCUAAGCUCUAAGCGAUUAGAGUUUAGCUGGGGCAGGAGAUUGUUUGCCCUAGCUCAAGUGUAAAAAAUAAAAAACCCUUCAUUAUGAUGUCAUUUGAAUUGAGUCUAUAAUUGUCUUGAGUAGAUACAACUGCUAAUAAGCUAUUACGACCCAUCGCACCGUGCAGCCUGCACGCUUUGGAACUGUCAGGAGGAAAGACUCAAGGCAAACUCUUUUGUUCAGCAACACAAUGAAUGAAUUUUUAAUUUUAUAUAUAAUAAUAUUAGAUAAACA